GUAGGAGAAAAGCAGGUUAGGGUGUAUUGGGCGUGGUUCUGCGGCUGUGGCGUCCAUGUUUGCUACGGUGUACCUGUCAUCCCUUUCAAUUUGUUAUCUCUCUCAGACACAGUCAAAGUUGGAAGACCCUUAAGCUCAAAAAGCAAUUUUCAGUAAACUAGGUUCAACCUCAAUUGUGUUUUGAAACUCUGUUUCAAAUGGAAGAAAAGGGUGUUCUUUUUGCCUACCCAGUUUGAAAAAUGAGCAUCUUCAACCGUAAGUUUACAAUUUAAAUCCAAACGGCCAUUUUUGUGAGAUGAAGUUUGGACAUGCUACCUCUUUUUUCACCCAAUCUUCAUAUUCUUCAACUAAAAUGCAUCAUCUCCUGUUCUUUCCAAAUAAUGAGACAUGCUCACUGUAAUCACGAGGAACCAUCAAAUAAACUGGUUUGGCUUCUAAGGCAGGUUAGAAGAUAAUGAAAGCGCGUUACUUUUCUUUGAUCUCUGCGCAAUGAUAUGAAACCGUUGAGAAGAUGUGAGAAAUUCUGUGAUUGUUAUGGAAUCCAGUUUAGAAAAUUAUCAGUUAUUUAUGAGGGCAUGUGUGAGAGAUUUGGUGAUUGUUAUGGAAUCCAGUUUAGGAAAUUAUCAGUUAUUUCUGAGGGCAAACCGGAGCCCUCAAUGGUUGAAAAUGUUGUUCAUGUGGAGCGUGUGUCAAAUUUGCACUAUCUUUUGCAGUUAUGUGCAAAAACAAGAUCAUCCAUGGGAGGAAGAGCAUGCCAUGCUCAGGUUAUUCGUGUUGGCUGGGAAAUGGAUGUAGUAACUUCAAAUAUGCUGAUUAACAUGUACUCUAAAUGUUCUUUAGUUGAUAGUGCACGCAAAAAAUUCAAUGAAAUGCCAGUGAAAAGCUUAGUUUCAUGGAAUACCAUGAUUGGAGCACUUACCCAGAAUGCCGAGGAUCAGGAGGAAGCUCUAACUCUUUUAAUUCAAAUGCAAAGAGAAGGAACCCCAUUCAAUGAAUUUACCAUUUCCAGUGUUCUAUGUAAGUGUGCUUUCAAAUGUGCUAUACUUGAGUGCAUGCAGUUGCACGCUUUUUCAAUUAAGGCUGCUAUAGAUUCAAAUUGUUUUGUUGGAACUGGUUUACUCCAUGUUUAUGCUAAGUGCUCUUCAAUAAAAUAUGCAAGUCAGAUAUUUGAUAGUAUGCCUGAAAGGAAUGCUGUUACAUGGAGUUCAAUGAUGGCUGGAUAUGUGCAAAAUGGGUUUCAUGAGGAGACUUUGUUACUUUUUCACAAUGCUCGGUUAAUGGGUUUAGAGCAGGACCCUUUUAUGAUAUCAUCAGCUGUUAGUGCUUGUGCAGGCCUGGCAACUUUGGUUGAAGGGAAGCAACUGCAUGCCAUUUCACAUAAGUCUGGAUCUGGGUCAAACAUAUACGUUUCUUCCUCCCUUAUAGACAUGUAUGCCAAAUGUGGCUGCAUAAAGGAAGCAUAUCUUGUGUUUCAAGGUGUGAUGGAGGUUUGGAGCAUUGUUUUAUGGAAUGCAAUGAUAUCUGGGUUCGCCAGACAUGCUCGUGCACCCGAGGCUAUGAUCUUAUUCGAAAAAAUGCAGCAAAAGGGCUUCUUUCCUGAUGAUGUAACAUAUGUAUCAGUACUGAAUGCAUGCAGUCAUAUGGGUUUACAUGAAGAAGGACAGAAGUAUUUUGAUCUCAUGGUCGGACACCACAAACUUUCACCGAGUGUUCUUCACUACUCAUGUAUGGUUGAUAUUCUUGGUCGAGCGGGACUUGUUCACAAGGCUUAUGAAUUGAUAGAAAGAAUGCCAUUUUAUGCAACUUCUUCUAUGUGGGGUUCACUUUUAGCCUCUUGUAGAGUUUAUGGCAAUAUUGAACUUGCUGAGAUUGCAGCCAAGCAUCUGUUUGAAAUGGAGCCUAAUAAUGCAGGAAACCACAUCUUGCUAGCAAAUAUAUACGCAGCUAAUAAAAAGUGGGACGAAGUUGCAAGAGCAAGGAAGCUUCUUCGAGAGAAUGAUCUGAAGAAGGAGAGGGGUACAAGUUGGAUUGAAAUUAAGAAUAAAAUUCAUUCAUUUACUGUUGGUGAGAGAAACCAUCCACUAAUCGAUGAGAUUUAUGCCAAGUUGGAUGAUUUGGUGGUAGAGUUGAAGAAGCUAAAUUACGAGGUGGAUACCGAUAAUGACCUCCACGAUGUGGAAGAGAGCAGGAAACAGAUGCUUUUGAGGCACCACAGUGAGAAGCUUGCUGUUACCUUUGGAUUGAUGUGUUUGCCUAGUGGUAUACCAAUUAGGAUUAUAAAAAACCUCAGAAUUUGUGGUGAUUGCCACAUUUUUAUGAAACUUAUUUCCAAGUUUACUAGCAGGGAGAUUAUUGUUCGAGAUACAAACCGUUUUCACCACUUUAGGGAUGGAUUCUGUUCUUGUCGAGAGUUUUGGUGAAGUUCUAUAUAUAUAUAUACACAUGUGUAUGUAUGUAUGUAUAGCGCAUUGAUUGACAUAGGGGCCAGGUGUGGUGAUCAAAUGACUUUGGCAAUCUCCUAUCCAUGUUUAAUAUUACAUAGGAACAUUUUUUUUUCUGAUACAAACGAUUGAUUUUAGUUUGUCGUAAAGUAUGAAGCAGAUGUCUUUAAAUCUGCGUUUGGCG